AACCGACUCACCUUUGACGUCCUCUAAUCUGAAGCCCGAUCUCACUCUGACCAUUCAGAACAAGCCUUGUGACACAAGCUUCUCGCUGGGACACUAAAGCAGCCACGGUCGAACCACCCGCACCGACGCUUACAAUGGCAAAGGGUCUUGACCCCAGGGAACGGAAUCGGGUCGCCGCCAAGAAAUGUCGCGAGAAAAAGAAGGUGGAGCACGCGGUCCUGCAAGAGAAAUGCGCGAGGCUCCAGGCGGAGAAUAAGAAACUGACGGAUGAUGUGGUGAAGCUGGCAAAUCAGGUGAUCGCGAUACAGAACGAGUUGAGGGAGCACACUAACUGCCCCGGCGGCGCCAAAGUUCGGCGGUAUUUUGAUACCGUGACGGACGAUUUCCUCGCAGAGAAGGAAAAAAAGAAGGCCCUGCAGGCGAGCAAUGAGGCGACGUUGGGCCAGCAGGUGACCAUGGCCUACUGCCCGGCGCCAGCGAGUGUUUCGGCGGGCUCUCCAAUGGGUCAAACCGUCGGCAACGAUGGGUCGGCAUACCCGCCUCUUCCAAACGGGCAGUCCACUGGGACGGUGCAGCAGCAGCAGCAGGUAGCCAACAACGCCUUUGUGCAAGCAUCGACGUAUCCUCCGCCGCCUCCCAUCGAGAACUUCAUAAACCCCGCCCUGAUAGCAGGGGGGCUAGGUAUGGGUUAUAACCCCAUGCCCGCCAACCAACAGUGGACUGAUUCGGACUUUUCGAUGAUCGGCGUUGGGGACACUGGUGCCAGACCUUCGGUGUUUGGCUGAGAUUGGAUUGCCGCUCAUGGAUCGGUCGAGACCGGACAUGUUGGUCUUCUUCUUUACGGCGCUUGGGAUCCGGAUAUGGUUUGGUAUUUUGGCGUCGGUGUCUGGGUAUAGAUUGGUCCGACUGUCUUCGGCGGAUCGUGCCUUCGGGCGGAUCGUGCUGUACAUCUCGGCCGGCGGUGGGUUGAAAGGAACGAUAAAACUGGAUGGGAAUAUUUGCUUGCUGGGUCAGGUUACCUUUCCUCUACUGUAAACCCUAAUGUUCGAC